UGUUGUAUCCCACUCCAUGCUCCGGCCAGAGCACUGCCUCCGGUUGCUACCGGCGACCGCCCUCGCCUCGGCUCCCUUCUCCUGCCCCCUCCCCCGGCCCCGCCGCGGCGCGACCCGGCUCCGGCUUCGGCUUCCACGCGGACGCGCUCCCCAGCUCAGGGGCUAACCGUCGAGCACCCUGCGGGCGCCGGCGAUGCCGGACGCUGCGGUGGCGCCCGCGCCCGAGAUGCCGCAGCGGGAGGUGGCACGGGCGGUCGCGGAGCAGGCAGCGGCGCGGCUGGGCCCGCGGCUGCUCCCGUCCGCCGUGCCCGACGACGUCGCCGAGUUCCGCAACGGCGCCGGGAACGCCGUCGGCUCGCUCGACGUGCGCCGGGGCGCGCCUGGCUCGUCGGUCGAUUUCAUGCUGCAGUCCUCGCUUCACUGCGAAGUCCCAAAUGGUGCCAUUGACAUCACAUCAGUUCUCAUUUUUCUAAACACCGCAACAGAUGCACCACAUUUCCUAUUGGAGCUUAUACAGGGCAGCCCAACUUCAAUUGUGGUGCUUCUGGAUCUACUCCCACGGAAAGACCUCGCAUUGCACCCCGACUAUUUGCAGAAGUACUACGAAAACACUCGGAUGGACGAGCAGCGUGCAAAUAUUGAAGAACUACCACAAGCUCGUCCAUACCGAUCACCAUCACUCUUUGUGCGCAGUGCCUUUUCACCAACAGCAGUAUUGGUCACCAUUGACUGUGGACAAGGAAGAGAUGGCGCCUUGGAAGAGAUUGUGAGUGGGAGACUGGCGACGGUUGCUAAGGAGGUUCUUCGAAUUUGGCUUGAUUGCUGCGCUGAUUCCACCACGGAAAUGGAUGAUACAGAGAGGGACUUUCUUCUUAAGAGGGAUCAACUUGUACGAUCCAAGUCGAUUGAGGUCGAUCUGACUGCAAGCCUACCAAGGAUGUUUGAUCCUGAUGUGUCUAGUCGUGUCAUAUCUGAAAUCAGGAAGGCCUUUGGUGUACAAGAGCCGUAGCAUGCAAAAAUACAUGUAGGUACUUGGUUAGUUAUAGAUAAACAAUGUUUCUGGUCCGUAGUUUCUCUUGAUUAAACAAAUGAAUCAAGAUGUUAACCACGGUAAUCGUCAGCUCCAUGUAAUAUCACCAUCAUCCGCAUCGGUAUAAGUCAUAAGAUAUUGCGAUCUAUAUAUACUUGUAUCUUCAAUUCUUCAUGCUGAACCUGUCCCUUGUUCCAACUGAAAUAAUAAAGUAGAGCUAUCAGGUGAA